AUGAUCUUACUUAUGUAGAUUGAAUUUAAUAAUCUGAUAAAUCCAUUUAUUUAUUUAGAAUUGACAUUAUUACUUAAAUAUUCUGCUUAAUUUGUGUAUUAAAAUGCUAUAUUGAAUUAGGAUGGUAAUACAUUUAAAAAAGAACUAUAUAAUUAAGUUAAAAGAGGAUUAAUGGCCUUCCAUUUCAACUGA